CACAACAUCGUAAUUUAUGACAGACAUUUUAUCCACCAGAACAACAUCAUGACAUGCAUUCAUUUUGCUAAAACGCAAUGGCCAUUCAUAGCUUUGAAUUGAAAUAAACAACAAUACGCAUUUUGAAUUGUACCUUUUUUUCUCCGAUGAGUUGUUCACUCCUCAACCUUACAUUUCCCCUUCUCUCCAACUCCAACAAUCAUCCCCAUUUUUCUCAAACCCAAAUCCAAACCCGCAACCGCCACCCUCUUCUUCGUCAUCGUCGUUUCCGUGAUUUUGGUUUUCCCAGAGAAGCCGAAGCCUCAAAUAAACGAUGCCGUUUGGCUCCUGCCAUGGCCAGCUCCAUGGAGCUUCCACUCCUUCCCUUUGGCUUGUCUGAGGUUCUUGUUCCCUCAGAGAGUAAGACACUGCAUUUAUAUGAAGCAAGAUACCUUGCCCUGCUCGAAGAGUCAUUGAUGAAAAAGUCAAAGCUUUUUGUGCAUUUUGUAUUGGAUCCUAUCAUGGUCGAUGAGUCGUCGGCCGAACCAUCAUUUGCAGCCAGAUAUGGUUGUUUGGUUCUAAUUGAAAAUGUCGAAAAAUUAGAUGUUGGAGCACUAGUCUCUAUAAGAGGAGUUGGUCGCAUCAAGAUUAUGAAAUUUGCACAGGCGUCUCCGUUCUUGAAAGGCGUAGUCAUACCAGAGAAGGAUGGUGAUCCUGAGAGUUUAAGCAAAUUGAGCUCAAAAGUUACAGAGAUGAAGGAGUCUCUUCAUAGUUUGAACAGCUUAGAGAUAAAAUUGAAGGCACCAAAGGAGGCGCCAUUGCAGACUCGCACAGCAAACUCACUGGCCUGGGCUGAGAAGACCCCAUCUAUAGAUUGUGAUGAAGCUUUCAUUCCAUCAUUGUCUGAGCGAGUGUCUUUUGCAGGUUUUCAACCUGUAACAGGGUCAACUGAAUCCGAACUUCUGAAGUUGCAAAGUAAGAAGUUACGGGCAAUGGAGGAAAAAGACACAAUUAACAGGCUAGAUGAAUCUCUAGAGUUGAGUAAAGAAAAUGUUUCCAGGGUUGCAGCCAGACUAGCUAUACAAUCAUUGGAAAUACAGUGAGACACUGUGUCAUCAGGUCUUGGUGAUUCCUCAGGUUUGUAGGAGAGAGGAAGAUGAUUAUAUAUGUACUUAUGGUAUAUCCAUUUUUUUUCCCUUCAGUAUAUGAAACUUCAGAGUACAUACAUCAACAUGCUGCACCAAUUUUUUCUUCCUUCACAUUUCUGUAUUUUGUUGUUUAUGCAUUUUGAGUAUAUUAUUAUUAUUAUUAUUUUGAAAAAGGAAUGAUUCCAUAGAUUAAGAGGCAAAUCCUCAAUUCCUUA